CGGCCAUCUUGAAAAGUGAUUUGUUCGUCUAAUUCAUGAAGUUGUAGUUAGAAUUUGGCCUUACCUGAAAAUGCCUAAGGUUGUGUCCCGCAGUAUUGUGUGCUCUGAUACCAAAGAUAAAGAGGAAUACAAUCAAGGCGCAACAACCUUGACUGUUUAUCAUUGUCUAUGUGGACAGAUGGCUUUGAUUCUCGACAGUACCCUUGAAAAGCUUCCAUUGCGAAGAACAGACCAUGCACGAGUCAUCGAUGGUUCAAAACAUGCUUACAAGCUCACUUGUGACGAUGGUGACACCGUUUUUUUGAAAAGGCCAGGAGGCAUUGAGAGACAAUUCCGCCAAAAAUGCAAAAAGUGUAAGCUAUGGCUGUUUUACAGAUCAUCAAAGAAAGAUCAAACUGUUACUUUUGUAGUAGACGGAGCAUUGGUUCAAAGUGGAGAUAACCAAGCCACUACAACUGUCAAACCCAAGGCAAAUAAGGUUAUGGUAACAAAGAGAACAAAGGAAUUUGGUAAAUUUAGCUCUGUAACUGUGUCUACUAUUGAUGAGGAAGAAGAAGAAAUUGAGCAGCAUGAAGUUGCAUCAUCAUAUGCUCACAAUGCCCAGAUAAUUGAAAAGCAACUUGAGAGGAAAUCAACAGCACAGAAAAGGGCAGCUAUAGACCAGAUUAAACUGGAUCAAUCCAAGAAACCAAGAGGUACUCUCAUUGAUAGAGACUAGUCCAGAGUGAUGAAUGUCGACCACCUCCAAAUUAGAUGGAGCAGGAAGUGCCCUCCUACUGUGAGACUCAAGAGCCUAUUGGUUAGAAAGAAACUGAAGACAGAUUAUCAAGAUCAAAUGCUCCAAUAUUUAAUGACUGUACUUACCAGUGGUCAGCAAUCAUUUACCAUGUACUAGUGACUUUUAGUGCUACACAUACAUGUAAUGUUUGUCAGGCCAAAUUUAAGCUUUGAUCGCCAGGUACAAUGCGCUGAAAAUUAAUUAUCAAACAGUCAUCCACAGAGUUUGUGCAGUCUCGAGUUCUUGAAUGAGAAUGGUGUGGUUCAAGACCCGUGUAAAUUAUUCAUUAAGUCUUGAAAAGGAGGAAGAAAAAAAAAGUGCUUCAUCACUGUUCGGUAUCUGAUACUCGUGAGAAGGUUGAAAUGUUAUAGUAUACCUCAACACACCCGAGCCAAGUCUCGGGGAGGAAUGGUUUUAGAGGAGUAAGUACAGUAACUUUGUUAGGUGUACUUAUUACUAUACAGUGGUCAAAAGUCCACGCAUGUGCAAACAGUGUAAUGACUACAUGUAGGGGGCAUGCAAUCGAGCUGUCAGAACUAAGUUGUCUCACAUGAUUAACAAACAACCAUACAAGCCAGUAAGUUACGGUGUUUUAGCGUAUAACUGGUAAAGCUCAAUACAGAAUUGUAAAUCAGCAUGAUUUCCGUACUUGAAGAUGCUUUGCGUUGAAAAG